CGUCUAGUCAUAAAUCCCGCGUAGGAUGUUGGUUUCAGGUGUUUUGUAAUACAAGGUAUAAUGUUUGUACCUUUCUUUACAAUAGUGGUGAAAUCCACGGACUGUUCCACAUAGGAACAGCUGACGACAAUGCCGCACCGAAAAUAUGAACGAGAUAUGAAGGAUUACAAGAAGUAUCAUUAAAUCAAAUGCUUUCUAAUUAACAAUCAGGGUAAAGACAGAGGUUAGAGGGCACGUGCCUCCAGCACCCCUCUUCCAGCGUGUGACUCGUCGGUCCCCACGACGUCACCAAUGCGACCAUGGGAAAUAGCAGUGACUAGGCGGCCACCGACAGCCCCCUUGAACCAGAGGAGGUUCCUAGGAGAGCCCUGCAACACCCCAGUGCACCUCAGGAGAAGCAGCCCGCCAGUGAGACGACAGUGGGGGAGUCGAGACCGACCGGUCGUACUGCACGACUCCUCGCUCCAGGAGGAGAACUUCCACCACCCUCACUUCUCCCAGCAACAUCAGCAGGUUCUUUUAGAUGAGGCCAGACAGUACAGCCACGCCAGUGCCCCGCCACGCAUGCUCCACCCUGCCGCACACCCACCUCGGCAUCAACAGACCCCCAUCAUGGUGGAGCUACACGACCAGGGAUCCGUUCCCAUCUCUUACACUGUUACCACGGUGACGACGCACGGUUUCCCCAUCCACACCGGGCAACCUCUCCCAGGGUGCAACAGUCAGCAGCUCCCAGCAUGCUCGGUAAUGUUCAGCGGACAGCUCUCUCUGCUCUGCUGCCUUCCUCCUCCUCUCAUCCAAGCCUGUACAAUGCAGCAUUUGCCAGUGUCUUACCAAGCUUUCCCACCCCUGAUCUCCAGCGAACAUUUUAUAUUGCACCCCAACCCCCCGGGGCCACCACCCCACCAGCCUCCUCACCUUACUCCUCUCAGCCAGUUCCUCCCUCUCCAGAGGCAGCACCCACGCAUGCCUCUCCAGAGGGUAGAGAAUGAAGUGGACCUCAGGGGGGACCAGCAUCCAUUAGGAACGUUCUCUUACCCUGCCUCGAGCCUCCACCACCCACCAGCGAUGCCUCCCUCUGUCCCCCUCCAGUACCUCCCUCAGGAGCCUCUGCACCAAGAGAUGCCCUUCCCAGUGCCAUACCCCCACAUGCUGCCACGACGUGUCAGUGGUCACAGGUACCGGUUACAGCAGCCCCUGCCGCCGCCGCCACCACCCUACUACCCAGGCUUCCUGCCCUACUUCCUGUCGAUGCUUCCUGUGCCUCCCACAGCAGUGGGACCAGCCAUCAGUCUGGACCUGGAUGUAGAUGACGUGGAGAUGGAGAACUAUGAGGCAUUACUGAACCUGGCCGAAAGGCUGGGAGAGGCUAAACCACGAGGAAUCGCCAAGGCAGACAUCGAACAGCUUCCAUCCUACAGGUUCAACCUCGACAACCAUCAAUCUGAACAAACGCUGUGUGUGGUGUGCUUUAGUGACUUCGAGUGUCGGCAGCUGCUGAGGGUAUUACCCUGCAACCACGAGUUCCACGCCAAGUGUGUCGACAAAUGGUUAAAGACCAAUCGCACUUGUCCAAUCUGCCGGGCGAGCGCGUCAGAGGUGCACCGCGAGGUGGAGUGACCGAUACCCAGGCUUUGAGAUCUUUUUGAUUGGAAAGCAGCACAAAACUAAACCCACCGAGUCUGUCUGUCUUAGCGCCUGCCUCAGCCUGCCUGGGGACGUCUGCCACCUACC